CAGACAUGAAGGCCGCGGUCGCAGUGCUCUCGCUGGUGGCGGCGGUGGGGCUAGCAGCUCCCCAGGAGGGCUACAACUACCCGACGCCUGGCGGCCCCGGCCUGCCUUUCCCCGGAUCCGGAUCCGGAUCGGGGCAGGGGCAAUACCCCUCGGUCCCCGCGCAGUACUCCUUCAAAUGGGACGUGAAUGACCCUCCUUCAAGCAAUUUCUACGGCCACCAAGAACAGAGGGAGGAUGCCAAUACUCAGGGGAGUUACUACGUCCAGCUGCCCGACGGCCGUCGUCUGAUCGUCGAGUACUACGUGGACGCCUCAGGGUACCACCCCACCAUCACCUUCGAGGGCGAAGCGCAGUAUCCUUCGGGCCCGGGGUCAGGGGCGGGAGCUGGCUUCGGCUCAGGGUCAGGCCUGGGCGGUGGCUACUCCCUCCCGGGGACCGGCUCCGGCGGCGUCCAGGCCCCGUCGCAGUCCUACGGCCCGCCGGCCAAAUAGCGCCCUUUUCCUCAGGCUCUUGUAUAUUCCGCUGGCAACUUACACACUUACACACAUUAUAUAUAUAUAUAUAUAUAUAUAUAUAUAUAUAUAUAUAUAUAUAUACAUAUAUACAUAUAUAUACAUACACAUUAUGUAUAUGUGUAUAUACAUAUAAAUUCAUACAAAUAUUUUUUUCUCACUCUUUCUUUCUGUCUCAUCCUCUUAUAAGCUUAUGAUCUCUUAUCUUUCAUUUGCUUGCAAUGUGUUCUAAUAUGAUAUUUGAAAAUAUUUGAAUAUAUAUGUAUAUGUAUAUAUAUAUGUAUGUAUAUAUACAUCCACUCUAUCUCUCUCUCUCUCUCUCUCUCUUCCUCUCUCUCUCUGUUUCCAGAUAUUUGUCACGUGUAAUACAGAUUUGCCUAAAGGUGUGUCUGCUUUACAGGCGAAUUUGGAAAUACCAGAGUUGGAUGCUGUUAAAUGCUCAUGUUGUUGAAAAUGUUAUAAAGUUAGUUAAACAGGAAUAAACUACUUACUUGAU